GCUUGUUGACAGUUGUUGUGAUAGUGCAAGCCGAAGGAAAGAGAGUUAUAUAGCUUGAAUUGAGUUCGUCUUGUGAUACUCCCCCCAGAGCUGGGCAUCUGUCUUCGAAUUGACCAUUGACAACCAUGGCCGAAGAAGUACACAAGUCUGCGCCGGCGGAGGUCCAAGAUGCGGCCUCAGACGCGCCUGUCAAGCGUGUGUGGUAUCACAGCACCCUGUUCAAUGCUUUCGUCAUUGGAGGAGUCGGCUUCAUGGCGCCUGGUCUGUGGAAUGCGAUGAACGCACUUGGCGCAGGUGGUGCCCAGGAGCCGUUCCUUGUCAACGCCGCCAACGCGCUUGUCUUCGGUCUCAUGGGUUUUCUUUGCCUGUUUGGUGGACCCAUCGCGAACCGCAUCGGACUCUCGUGGACACUUUUGUUGGGCGCCGUUGGCUAUCCCCUUUAUUCGGCUGGUCUCUACACCAACAACCGCUUCGGCAACGUGUGGUUUGUACUGGUUGGGGCAGUCGCUUGUGGCAUCUCUGCCGGCCUGUUCUGGGCGUCUGAGGGUGCCGUUGCACUGGGUUACCCGGAGCCAUCGAAGCGCGGCAAGUAUAUGAAUAUCUGGCUCUGGUUCAGAACCGGUGGUCCUCUUGUUGGUGGUGCUAUCGUCCUGGCACUCAACAACAAUGCCGCCGCGAAGGCCAAGGGCAAGGUCGGAUCCCAGACCUACCUGGUCUUCAUUGCAUUGCAAUGUCUGAGUGUCCCUCUUGCCCUUGCCCUUUCACCUCCCGAGAAGGUCCAACGAUCCGACGGCAGCAAGGUCAUCAUCAAGGCAGAGAAGUCUUUCAAGGCCGAGUUCCAAGCGCUGCUCCGCGUCUCCAAGAGAAAGGAUGUCCUUCUUCUUCUUCCCAUCUUCUGGGCCGCCUAUUUCAACCAAUAUAGCGGGAACUUCCAGUCAUACUACUUCGGUGUCCGCGCUCGCGCCCUCAUCGGUUUCGUCAGCAACUUCGGCACCCUCCUCUCGUCGCAGAUCAUGAGCAUGCUUCUUGACCACAAGAAGCUGAGCGUUAAAAAACGCAUCAACUACGGCUUCUACUACGUCGUUGUGUGGCACAUUAUCGCCUGGGUCUAUGGAUGGGUCAUACAGGAAAAGUACACCCGCAAACCCCCUGCGUACGACUGGGAGGAUAAAGGCUUCACGGAGGGUUUCUUUGUGCUUUUGCUUUGGGACUUUGCCCGCCAGGGACUCCAGAACUGGCUAUAUUACCUUCUGGCUACCAAGACUGACAACAUUUCGGAGCUUGCGCGGUUUUCCGGCAUCUUGCGAGGCCAGGAGAGCUUUUCUCAGGCCAUUUCCUUCGGCUUGAACACGCAGAAGUGGAAGGGGGGGCGAGUGCCGCUGGCUGUCAACACCAUUCUUUUGGUUCUGGCCGUUUACCCCACCUGGCUCGUUGUCAGAGACCAUGUCCCCGUCGAGGAAGACAAGCUGGCGACGGUAGAAGAGCAAUCACAAACGGGCGAGAUUGCCGAUACCAGAUUGUCUGCAGAUGAGAGGAAGGAGUUUGCAAUUGGCCAGACUGGCCUCGGAAGAGAUGCAAAGAUGUAAUAUCGAUAAGACUGUACAUAUGUGUCAAGGUUAGCAUUGAGUACUUCGAGUUAGAUACUGCCUAUUGUUGUAAUUAAGACAAGCUCGAUGAGUCCGCCGUUUACGAAGGCAACGCUUCUACGUUGAGUACGCCCUUGAGAGCUGUGGGGACUGUAAUGCUGCUACGGUAACUCAAAUUUACACUUUCAGUUCAAGUGGUGCCUCGAAACAACUUCUCAUUCAUACUCGAAAAGUCUGUGGAAGCCUAGUUGAUGGAAACUGCACAGCUGUGACUUGAGAGCGAACCGCGUAACCCCUCGUGAGGAACAUUCUUGGGGUUAAGGAAUG